AUGCAGAGUUGCUCCGAAUAUGUAGUUCACUCUCGCCUCCAACGUUAUGUUCUUCAGCUGACAUACAUCAAGUACUAUGUCCCAUUCUGCAUUCAGACCCCGCUCCUCGCCCAAGUAGCCAUAUUCACCUCCGCCUGCUUUCUCACCGAGACCGGCUACCUUGACAACAUGGCCACCAUGUCUCACAAAGGGCUAGCUAUCCGGAUGCUGAACGAACACCUUCGGUCGAAAUCAUCGACGACAGAUGUAGCUAUCUCUGCUGUCACCCAGCUCAUCCUGGAUGAAUGGUAUUGGGGUGAAGCAAGCGACUUGCGGGCGCAUUUACGAGGUCUCCGUGAGAUGAUCCGACUUCGAGGCGGUUUCCGGAAUCUUGGAAUGGAUGGGAUCAUUGCUAAGCUUGUCAUCACCACUGACAUCGCUAUCGCUUUAUCUUUCGAGAUCCCCCCUUUUCUGCAGAACGGCCCAGAGUUUAAAUUUCACGACAUGAACCAAGGUCCACUACGAAUUUGUUUCAAUACUCCGCUAGUCUCCCCUCUCGUACCUUUCUCUACAUGUACAAACUCGAUGAACCUUCACGCGGCGACUGCUCGAAUCCUCGAUGAUAUGCGAUUUCUUAUCGGCGCCGUUCUCUCUUUGCCGUCGAAGCCUUCUAAGAUUGACCUGCACAAGGUCCAUACAACUGCAGCCUGGAUUCACGAGCGCAUAUCAAGACUACCAGUUCAGUCUCCCGAGGCGCGGAAGCAUCCGGCUGCGGUUUCAGAUCUUCUGAGCCCCGAGAGUGCUGGUGAUGCCGUCUACUCGCGUCAAAACUCACCUGCCUCAGCGGCAUCUCCUAGGAUAUCGAGACGAAAUAGCCCGCUCCUGCAAGACGGAAGCCAGCCAGAUAGCUCGUCGGAGCAUUCCUACCCUCACUCUCGGCCACAACCAGUGCUCCCAGGGCCGCUGGAGCCAGAAGACGUCCUCUACCAAGCCGUCCGGCAGGCAGCGCUGAUAUACAGCCGAGUGAUCAUGCUGCGCCAGUCAUUCCGCGCGGUGGUGACGCAGAACGAGUUCCUGCAGCUGUGGACGACCAUGUGGCGCGUGCCGCUGGCGACCUGGAAGGGCGUGCUGGGCGUCUUCUGCUGGAUCGUGCUCGGCAUCACGCCCACGGCGCGCGAAACCCCUCACGACCGCUUCGUCAAGAGCAUGCUUACCAUCUCGUUGAACCAGAUGAGCAUCGAAAACUGGGAGAUUGCAGAUGCGGCGAUGAAGGCGGGGCUGAAGCUCCAUCAAUGGCUAAGGGAUGGCGAGGAGGAGCAUGCACGGGCUGAGCGAGGUGGCGAGGAUGAUGAGGCUAUGGCUGCGGAUAUAAUUAUGAAUAUGGCGGAGACCGCGACAUCUCUACCUUCAGGUGGCGAUGGAAAGGGGAAGGCGUCGGAAACUGGUGCAUUUCUCGAGCCGAGUGAGGCGAUAAUGGGAGGAGGUUCAGCCCGGUCAGUAUUGCCUAAAUGGCAGUAG